UGACGUCAAACAGUAAAUAACCUCGUUUCUUCUCUACUAUUUCCCUGUUCCGGUGACGGUUCUGCUUCUCCAAUUUCGCCGCUUUCGAGGUAUAACCACUGCCCCUCGGACAAACUAGCCUGGCUAUCUGGAUAGCCUAUCCCCUACAACCAACUCUUAUCGCCCAAUGCGAAAUUCAUGCCCCGAUGUCUCGCAUUGAGGGGUCGAGAACGAGCCAGACAACAGAGUCGGUAUUCGCGUCUGACAGAUGAUGCUCGCGUGCGAACUCUGCCGGAAGCGCAAGGUCCGCUGCUCCGGAUCGGCUCCGUGCACCAACUGCCAGCGUCAGAUGAAGGAAUGCUAUUUCAACCACCACAGGCGACGCCGAGGACCGCGUCCCAAACGGGGAUCCGUGCCGGACCUGGAUGCCAUGCGUGGUGCGGAUGCGGAUGCGAAUGCGGCCGUUCCCGUCGUCAGUCCUGUCGGUUCGGUUUCCUGUUCAUCGCUGUCUCUGCCUCCGGACUCCACAUCUACAUCGAGCCAGGGACUCGUCGUAGAGCGAGUUAUCCCAAUGAGCCUUGACCGUAUGGGCACGUGGAGAGAGCGGCUGACCGAACUGUACGGAGGCGAGAGGUACUGCAUCGAUAGCCAGUGCGAGAUUUCCGUCGACCUGGCACUGCAUCUCAUCUUUAUCUUCUGCACGACUGUCAACAGCCAGCAAAACCAGAUCGUAUCCACUGCCGACUUUCUACAGCGGUUAGAUGACGGCGAGGUGUCGAGGCAUCUGUGCCAUGCUAUGUGUGCGCCUGCCUUUCGCUUCACGAGACACCAGGAAGGCACUGCGGCUUUGGCGUGUGCCGUUGCAUCCGAGGCACGACAGGGUCUAGCUGGCUUGGAGACACCCGACUUCGACAAAGCACUGACCCUUGCUUUGCUAUCCAUGUACGAGAUCCAGGAGGGGAACGGCCUACAAGCCUGGCAGGAUAUCACAACCGCGUUGAAUUUGGUAGCUGUGCUGAAGCAUGCUCCGGGGGCCCAGACGGACAGGGAGCUACAGAUGCUGCAUGGCUAUCUUGCUACGUCCAGCGCACUCAACUCACUGGGGCAGGAGCUGCAUGUGUCAACGGUGAAGUCCCGAGAUCCAACCGAUCUCCUGACGCGUCUUACGGACCUCCUUAUGCGCUGUGCUUCGUUGUCGCGGAAGGAUCUCACAGAAUCAGACCCGGCACCGUGGGCAGAAGAGUCCGUCUUCAUGGGAUUAAGGAGGGAGGUAGACAGUCUGCAGGCUAUGCACGCGGGUGACUUGUCAUUCGAGGACGACGUCUUCGAGGGGCUUCUGCGGAACGGAGGAGCCGGAGAGUACGUUUUGAAGCUGGGCAUGCUGUACGCCAUGCGGAUGCUUCUCGACCGGAUCUUUCUUCCUGUCGCAACGGCUGGGAGCGAAAGCGCCCCAGGACGAGGUGGACAGAAUUCGCGCGAAAUCGUCUGGUUCCCGGGGCCUAUGAUUUUCUCACGUGGGAGAACUGCAAGCUGUGUUAAGAGCGCCCGGAGCGUAACUGUGCUGUGUCGAUGUGUCUUGGAUCACGGGAUAUUUCUCCUGCCCCCCUUUCUCGGAUACGCUCUCUUCCUUGCUGGGCUAGUAUUCCUCAACCAGCUGCGUGUCGAAGACGACGCUGGCAGAUUGGAAGAAUACAUCGACUACUUGAAGACUGUCUUCACCGUCCUCGGGGCUAUGCGAUUGUUCUACCAGACUGCCAACAGCUGGGUGGACACGCUGUUCCGUGUACAUGCCAUGGAUCUGGUGCCUGGGUCUGCCCUGGCGCACCCGGGCAUGCUGUUCAGACGGUUCUUCAGCCGGUUCCUGCCCGUAGAGGAACCGCCGUACUGUACUUUGAGCACACUGCGGAUCCCGUCAAGCCAGCCCUCAGACAGGGCGAAGGCGAGUGCGACAGAACGAGAACAGGAUCUGCAAGAUUACGCCCUAGCCAUCGGAGACGCCAUAGACGCCAUGGAUGACCCCCGGUUCUCUCACGAUCCAGAGGCGGAAGAGGAAACAAACUCACAGAUCGGAACAGCAGGCAGCGAGAUGGCACGGAGACAGAAGCCGAGGCAUAAUGGGGACUCACACGUGGAUUUGGCACUAGACGUCUCCUUUCCAAGGGGCGUUUUCUCGAUCGACAAGGAUGGUGUAGAUAUGCCUAUCGAUCUAAUGGAUACAGAUGUAUGUCCGGAUCUGGAUAUCCUGGGCAUGAUUCCGCAUUCAAUGCUACUGGGGAACUGAAGGCGCGUAGGUUUGAUAUAU